UGUUUUGUUGUACUGGUUGGCAUCGUUGGUUAGAGGAUUGUGGCUAGUGUGAGGGCUAAAUAUUUUUCUAUUGUGAUCGUUGAUGCUAAUCAUUUGCUAAAUAUUUCAAUCUGCGGUGCUAUUUCCGCGCAUAGGUUUGGUAAUUGGCAAGACAAAUAGAAAUAUCCAAUAAAUAGCAAUCAUAUAUUCCAGGUUAUAAGUGUGAAUUUAAAUGCAGAAAUGGCGAAUGUGAAAGGUUCUCCUGUAAAGGCAAAGUUUCAGAAAGGUGAGAAAGUUUUAUGUUUUCAUGGGCCUCUGAUAUACGAAGCUAAAUGCCUUGAAUCGGAAAUAAAAGAUAAACAAGUGCGCUAUUACAUUCACUAUGCUGGUUGGAACAAAAAUUGGGAUGAAUGGGUUCCUGAGAGCAGAGUUCUGAAAUACAAUGAUGCAAAUGUUCAGAAGCAGAAAGAACUUCAGAAGGCACACAAGGCCAAUCCACAGAGAAAGAAACCAGCAAAACGGAAAUCCGAUGGUACCCUUUUUGUGGGCAAGGAUGGAGAGGGUCAGAGUCGCCCCUCAACCCCCUUAGGUCCUAGUGCCGCAUCAACACCUUCCUCAUCUCAAGACUCAUCAUCAGAUGUGCCUCGUCGCAAGAGGGGCCGAGUUGACCCUACGGUUGAGACGGAGGAACAAUUUACCACGAAAGUGGAAGUGAAAGUAAAAUUGCCAGAUGAACUAAAACCAUGGCUUGUUGAUGAUUGGGAUUUCAUCUGUAGACAAAGGAAACUUGUUGACCUACCUGCGAAGAUAAGUGUUGACCAGAUCCUGGAUGCAUAUGUGAAACUGAAAACUUCAAGUAAAAGUAACACACCAUACAAAGAAAGUGCUGUUAUUGAGGUUAUCAAUGGAAUUCGUGAAUAUUUCAAUGUGAUGUUAGGCACGCAGCUUCUAUACAAGUGGGAGAGACCUCAGUACAGUGAGCUUCUUCAAGCUAAUCCUGAUACACCAAUGAGCAAGUUGUAUGGUGCUGCACAUCUUCUUAGAUUAUUUGUUCGCCUUGGAAGUGUGCUGGCAUACACACCACUAGACGACAAGAGUAUUGCACUGUUAACAGCGUACAUCAAUGAUUUUCUCAGAUUCUUACAUAAAAAUUACUCAUCACUACAAGCUGUACAGGAUUACCACAUUGCAGCACCUGAGUAUCACAGGAAAGCUGUGUGAUUGCCUCUCAUAAGUAUUUUUUAUUCUUUCUUGCGUGUUUAUAAGUGUUAGCUUGUAGUUUGUCACAGUAUUUAGAGUUUAAGACUGACUGUGCAUUCUGCUAAGGCAUUUUUUGUAAACACUGUAUCCAAAUAACAAUCACAUUGUAUUUGGGGGUCUGUAUUUCUCAUGGUUUAAUAAGUUGACUGCCAAAAAACAGUUUGAGACCUUAUAUGUGUUAAAAUAGUGGAACCAGUUGUAUUGAUACCACC